UUAACAAUAGUUUAACACUAACAAUGUGAGAUUGUUAAUAAUAGUUUAACACUAACAAUGUGAGAUUGUUAACGUACAAUACCUUUUAUCUUAUAAAAAUUAUUAUUAAGGAGUAAUGGGGGUUAGUUAGGGCCCCUCUGAAACAAAUUUCCUGAUAUUUUAGGACAAAUUCUGAAAACUAAAUAAAUUGUAAUGUAUAUGUAAACAUUUGAGCAUGUUUUUGAUCGAUAACAUAUGAUGAUCAUCUAAAAGCCCCCUGUUCUUUGCUCGUUUAUUCACUAUCAUUUUAGUUUGCUAAUUUUGUAUAUAUUUUUUUUUUAAGUUUUCAUUUUUUAGUUAUAUUAUUUUUAAGAGGUUAAAAAAUGGGUAGUCAUUUGGACUGGAAAAAUGAUAUGAAUGAAUGUUCAUCCGUAGAAAUUAAAAAUUCUGAGAAGGUCACAGAAGAAGAUGAUUUUGAUUAUUAUUAUUAUCCUGAUGAUAACGUAGAGAGGAGGAGAAAGGAAACCGACUUAAAGGGCAUUGGGGUCGAAGAAGAGAAGAAAGAAAAGAAGCAAGAAAACACCAAAGUAUGUGUUCAACCUUGCUGGGUAAAGUUUAUUGUGCCAG